UGGAAAUAAAAUGUGGCCAUCGUAUCCUUUUUGCGUUGGGGAACGGGUGGGCUGAGUGCAGGGUGACUCCGGAAAUCCCCAUUCUUUGUCAUUGGGCGAACUUGCAUGCGAGGCCGCGCUUCUUGUUGGUAAACAGAGGGAAGAAAGCGUCUGCGUCGAGAAACCUCGGGAUGGAGAAAAAGGCCCAGAACCCUCCCGUGCUCGUGAAACUCGAGCAGAGAUCCAAGAUGAACAUCUUGUACAAAAUCACCGCGAUCGCAGUCUGCUGCUACGCGAUUGCGUUUGCUCGAGGCAGCGAUAACAAUAAAGUACCGCCCGCGAGUGCCCAGCUUCGAGUUCCACCUCAAUCUGUUGUCAUCGAUCCACGCUCUUUUGCCGUGCUGGGGGCCUCCGGGUCAUUUCGUACCGAUUCUUUCACUGAAUUCUUCAAUCCAACAAACACGACGCCGCCCUUCUUCCAAAUCUUCGACCCAGACUUCCUCUCUAUCCUGGGCUCAAACCCCUCCCUGAAUAGGGUAGCGCACAAUACGAUCUUUGCGUUCGCCCACGAGGCCCCGAUCUAUAACCCUUCAACGGACGAGGUAUUUUUCGCGAGCAACGAUGGAGGUCCGCUGGGAUUUAGCGAUUUGGACCACAAUAAUCAAGUCGGCAAAAUCAGCAUGGGCGCUGUCGAGACCGCGCUGCGGGGACUUACUUAUAAUGGGGAUAUUGGCGGAGCCAUUGAGGUCCCUAUCACCGAGGUGUUCCUCCCGGAAACAAUCCAGAUGACGAACGGGGGCACAGGCCCGUACCAGUCUUCUCUCAUUCUCAUCACCUCGGGACGCGGCCCGCGUCCUCCUUCGAUCGUCCUCGUCAAUCCUGCCGCGCCACACAACGCCACCGUCGUCCUCGACAAUUUUUUCGGGAGGCAGUUCAAUUCGCUGAAUGACAUUAAAGUCCACCCCAAGUCCGGGGCUUUUUUCUUCACCGAUGUUACGUAUGGCUUCUUGAACCACUUCCGGGUGGCACCACUUAUGCCCAACCAGAUUUAUCGCUUCGACCCCAAGACGGCCGCCCUUCGCGUUGUAGCCACAGAUUUUGAUCGACCAAAUGGCAUCGCUUUCACGCCAGAUGGCAAAAUAGCUUAUAUGGCAGACACAGGUGCAGCAGGAGGUUUCUUAGGGAAUAACCAGACAGAGCCAGCGACGAUGUACGCAUUUGAUGUGGACCCAUACACCCAAACCUUCCUCAACCGUCGCGUGUUUGCAUAUGUCGACGCGGGCGUGCCAGACGGCGUACAAGUUGACGCCAAAGGCAAUGUCUACUCAGGCUGUGGAGAUGGAGUACAUGUCUGGUCCCCACAAGGCACCCUCCUGGGCAAGUUCUUCCUCGGUACCACAUCCGCUAACAUGGUAUUCGCGGGCGACGGGCGCUUGGUCAUACUUGCAGAGACGAGCGUGUUUGUGGCAAAGAUCGCCGCGCAGGAAGGAAAGGUCGCUUUUGAAUGAA